UGGUCCUCGAGAACCAUUUUGAUCCUUCUUCUUCACAAUGGGUUUUGCUCUUUUAUGUCGAACAUUCGAGGAGAAAGUGAAUUCUAAGUGAAAAUCGAGCAAAGAAUGUAAAGUGCGCUCCAAUACUAAUAAUAUCGAUGAACGGUAUCGGAGUGACGGCAGUAAAUGUCAAGGACAUGUCGGAGAUAUUUCAAGUAUCAAAAGGUCUUUUGCAUCGCAUAACCAUCAACUUUCGAAGAAAAGCGUUAAUUAAUGGCAUAAGUGGGUCGACCGGGUAGAGUCAGUGCCAUGCUGUUCCAAAGAUCGGAUAUAAACUCGAUACCAGGUGACCAUCGAGCGAUUUCUGGUGAAACAGGAGUAAAUCGAACGAUUAUACUGGUACAUGGGACCGAUACCGUGCAUUCAUACAUUGGGCGGCACAAAUUGUUAGCAGAAAAACGCAUUGAAGAAGAACGCUGUGAAAGAAAUGAUAAACUAUAUUUGAUCGCGAGAUAGAUUCCAGCAGUGAAUUCCCUUUCUCGACACUCUCGAUGCGUGGUCCACAAUUAUGCUAAUCAUCCCGUAUAAAUCACACCUCUCCUCUAUUCAUGAUCACAUAAUAUCAAGAUGAAUGCAAAAAGCUCUCAACCGAGCAGCGUCAAUUAGUGAGAUAUUCUUUUACCCAAGACCUGAGAGGACAUUUAUGAAAUUACCGUCUUUGAUGUACUAAGAAACAGAAAGACCACUGAAAGCUCUUUUUGGGGGGAUUGUUCGUAAACUGACGUGGGUCCUCGAAUGAAACAAGUGUUGUGAAGCAUCGUAAACGAGCAGUCACGAAGACAAUAGGAGGGGUGACGACCAUGCUCCUCCUCAUCCUCCCGAUGGCAUCAGCCGCGAUCGUGCAAGCGAAGCUCCGGACCGAACGUUAUAUAAUUGUGGCAGAUUAUUUCCAGCGUUGGUCACAUGCAUGCUGCCACACUCGGCUGUGUGCUGACAAACGUUCUACCGCAGUGGACAUUCGGCCAUCGAACGACCUGAGCGUCGCAACCUCGAGGAUGGAACCGCAUCGAGAUGGAAACACCGGGAUCACGUGGAAACGACUGAAAGAGCUACUGCUAGAUUUUCAUUUAAAUUCAGAUCGUGUAUUUUAUCGUAUCGGCCUAAGCAUUGGACAAAAGCCCUGGCUAUGGCUGCUGGUAUGCUUCUGCAUAAAUUGUGUUUGCGCACCUGGACUGAUCUUCUGGAGAGAAGAAUUCGACGACAUAGAGCUCUUCGUGCCUGAAGACUCUGAGAUACGCAGCGAUGCCGCCUGGGUGAAGACACACUUCCGGGACGAUUUUCGAUACGAAAGUAUCAUCGUCACGGCCCCCAACAUUUUGGAGCCGGAAGUGCUGCGCUCGAUUAGCAAGAUAGAACAGAUAGUAAAAUCUGUCAUGGUGAAUAAUAGUACUUGGGAAGAUGUAUGUGCAGGAUACUUUACAUGGUUCAACGUGGACAACACGACGGACAUUUUCAAGGACCUUGAUAUCGCUGGAGAUAUCCUGGCUGAAUUAAAUAACACGGUGCUAAAAAAUGGAUGUAUAUAUCAAUCUAUCAUACAACUCUGGGAAACUAGUUUAAUGAAAGAUGUUCGUAAUUUGACGAAAAAAGAGAUACUCGAGGACGUAACCAAGGCGAUCAAACAGAAGAUCAACGAGAACGUCCUGUUAGAUAUCGCGCCCCUGCUUUCGGGUAUCUUCUAUGACAAGAAAGGCCGAGUUAAAGGCGCCAACGCAACGAUUCUGAAUUGGAUGCUGAAGAAAUCUCAUCCAAGCUCAGCUAAUUGGGAACUGGAAUUUAUACAUCGCGUUCUUCAUUCAAAUAUCACAUUUCCACCUGGAAUGGAAAUAUAUGCGAUAGCUUCACGAAGUUACAUAGAUUCUUUGCAUCAAAUAUUAAAUAGUAAUCUUACAGUAUUAUGUUGUGGAAUAUCCUUGAUAGCAGUCUACGUAAUGGUUAUGAUCGGAAAAUGCAACGCGUUAGAACAACGAAUUUAUUUGUCAAUAAUGGGAGUGUUUGUGGUUGGUCAGGCGAUAUUGUCCUCUUAUGGAGUAUGCUUCUACUUGGGUUAUUCUUACGGACCCAUACAUUCCAUCCUUCCAUUUCUGUUGCUCGGUAUUGGCGUCGAUAACAUGUUCGUGAUCAUGCAAAGUCUAGCGAGCCUCUCAGAAACUGAUCAGUCCGCGGCAAUUCCUAUACGUAUUGCUAAAACCAUUCAACAAGCUGGUAUGUCAAUCACAGUAACAUCUUUCACAAACAUAAUUGCGUUUGCCUUCGGCAUUACAACUGUGAUGCCUUGUCUCAGAUCUUUUUACGCAUUCGCUACAUUAGGAAUUUUAUUUUUAUACGUAUACGAAAUUAUAUUCUUCGUAAGCUGUCUUGUAUACGAUGAAAUACGACUCGAAGCACGCAAAGAUGGUUGCUUCUGUCGACCGAAACUAAAUUGGAAGCCCAAUGAAUGCAGUCAAAGAAACACUCAGCAGAUUAUCUUUGAGAAUUAUAUCGGUCCAGGAAUCACUAAAAUUACAGCGAAAAUAGUCAUUUUGCUAUUCACUAUUUGCUGCCUGUGCGUUAAUACAUGGGCAGUAUUUCAAUUGGAACAAAACUUCGAUCCUCUUUGGUAUUUAAAUCAAGACUCAUAUCCAAUUCAGUUUAACAACAAAUUAAAACAGUAUUUUCCGAAAUAUGGAAAACGAGCGGCAAUUUAUAUGACUGGCGUAGAUUAUUAUGAAGACCGUAAGUCUCUUUCUCAAUUGGUAGAAGCUUUGAGACACAAUCAGUUUAUUAACAAUGGUACCCUCGAGCCAUGGUUUAUUGCUUAUGAGAAGUGGCUUAACAUUACUGACAAAGGUGAUAUUGAGAGCAGAGAAGAAUAUUAUAAUAUUUUAACAGAAUAUCUACUUUUAACAAAAGAAGGUCAAGCAUAUAUUAAGGAUAUUAAUUUUGAUAAAGUACCGGCCGGAGAAUAUAAUAUAACGACGUCGCAAAUUCCGAUACAACAUAUCAUGAUUAAUACAACAUCAGCACAAAUACAAGCGAUGCAACUUAUUAGGGAAACAGUUCAAGCGACGAAUUUCUCUCAUGGACAUGACUAUAUUGCAAUCUUUUCAUCUGAUUAUGUUUCAUGGACGGCGAACAAAGUUAUAGGAGAAGAAUUGAUCAGGAAUUUAAGUUUAGAAAUACUGACCAUCGGAAUAGUAAUAUUGCUAUUCCUUAGAAAUUUACGAGCAUCGUUUUGGGUAAUUUGUUGCGUAUUUUUCACACUCAUUGAUUUAUUAGGUACUAUGUACUUUCUAAAUUUAACCAUCGAAAUGUCAUCAAGCAUCAUGAUAUUAUUAUGUGUGGGGUUGGCGAUCGACUAUGCCGCGCACAUGGGAUUAGAGUUUAUACGUGCAAAGGGCAACAAAAAAGAACGUGCAAUAGAAACACUUUCUAUCAUUGGCCCAGCUGUGUUUAAUGGAGGUUUGAGUACAUUCCUAGCAUUCGUUUUACUAGGUUCUAGUGAAGCUUAUAUAUUCAAUACUUUUUUUAAGUUAUUCACGUGUGUAGUAAUAUUUGGUCUAUUUCACGCACUAUUAUUUUUACCAGUAAUUUUAAGCAUAGUGGGUCCUGAAGAGAGAGUAACCAAAGAGAAAAAAGAAACUGUUGUGCGAGAGCAUAAUGGAUAUUGUAAUGUUCCUUUAUCUCAAAAUGAGAAAGACUCAGGAACUGGAACUGCCAAAUAA